CUUGCCUUGACACACUGUAUCUCUCCACCCUAUCGAUUCCUCCAUGUCUGAUCGAAAAAAACUAUUUGGAAACAACAAGGGCAAAGGUGUCAGCCGCGAUCGGGAGGAGGAAAAUGCACUGAUGCUCGAACAGCAAAAUGAUAUGCGAAUGCAGGAACUAGAUGCCAAAGUCUCUGCUUUGAAAAACGUUACUAUUGAUAUCCACCGUGAUGUGACUGAGCAGCACGACUUGAUUGAUGAAUCCACCAACGUAUUUGCAGGCUUUGGCUCAGCUUUCAACAACUCGUUUGGGCGGCUCAAUAGAAUGGUUUCAACUCGGCACAAGCGACAAUUGUGCCUUUACGUCGCAGUCAUUGUAGUUGUCUUCUUCAUUUUCUACUAUGGCUUUGGUGCCUUCUGGUCAUCAUCUUCCUCCGAAACCGCACCCAUUCUGGACGACCAUUCUGCACUACACAAUGACGCUGAUAUAUUAUAGAUGCUCUGCAUACCUCGAUUUUAGUUAUGCUUCGCUCCAGCCUUCAACAGCUAGGUCUCUCGUGUAUUAUGACAUUAUCCAUCCACUGCUAUACACCAUUUGGGCAACAUAGCGCGUUAAAAUCUA